AUGGUACAAGAACUUGAUGCACUUGAAAGAAACAAAACUUGGGAAGUUGUUGACUUACUCAAGGGUAAGAAGGCAAUAGGGUGCAGAUGGGUGUUCAAAAUCAAACUCAAGGCAGAUGCUUCUAGCUAUGGAUGGCUUGUCCAGCAAGUAGACAUCAAUAAUGCCUUCCUCCAUGGUUUCUUAAAUGAGGACAUUUAUAUGCAUGCACCAGAUGGAUAUCUUGUUCAACCGGGACAGUUGUCAUCUCAUUCCUCUGUUCCUUUGUCUGAUCCUGAACCAUACAGAUUUCUAGUGGGCAGACUCUUGUAUCUCAGCUUCACACUCCCUGAUAUGUCCUUUGGAGCUCAACAACUUAGUCAAUUUGUUCAUGCUCCUUGCAAACACCACAUGGAGGCAGCUCUGCAUCUGGUUUGCUACUUGAAGGGAUGCCCAGAGUGUGGAUUGUUCUUUCCAGUCUCAAAUUCAUUCACCAUCUCUGCGUACUACGAUGCUGACUGGGCGAGUUGCGCUGAUUCUUGA